AGCUUCUGAUCUGGAGAUUCCUUCUCUUAUAGAAGUAUUAUAUAAAAUUCUAAAAAGUAAACUGAAAAAAAUUAAAUAUUUCAUGUCUUUGUAGCCUGCCCGUCCCUCAGUUCUCCAAUGGGAAAACAUACGAAAUUCGGCAGCAGUGACGACGAAGGAGAGACUGAGACCAGUGUAGCAAAACGCCAAAAAGACGAGAAAAAGGAGAAGAAGAAGGAAAAACGAGACAGAAGUCGUUCUCCACACAAGGAACGCGAGAGAUCUCCUAAACGAGACCGUCAUCCAGAAAAGAAUGAAUCGAGACGUCACGACGAUCGCGAUCAAGAGAGAAGACGUGAUUACGGAAGAAAUGAUCGGCGAGAUGAUAGAAGAGGCGACGGUAGCUGGAAAACGGAUCGAAACGAUCGGAAUGAUCGGAGAAACGACUUUCAAAGAAGAGAUGACAAAAAUCGUCUCUCUGCUGAAGAGAUUGCUGCUCAACGAAAAGCUCUCUGGGGAAACAAAAAAGUGGCUGGAGAAUCAUCUUCCUCGAACACCACUGACACCGCCUCGUCAUCUUCUGAACCUGCAACUGGAGGAAAAAACGAAAAAUUAUGGUCAUCAGCCAUCGCAGCAACUGGGGUCGAUUCAUCAAAAGCCAACAAAUUCAUGCGUUUGAUGGGCGUCAAGAAUGCACCGAAACCAACGGAUGAUUCGUCGAGAUUGUCAGAUGAAAAGAAUCGCCAAGAUAAAAUGCUAAACGAUCUCGAGAAACAAUAUGCAAUUGCUAGAGAAACAACUCAUAUGGGACGUGGAACUGGAUUCGGAUUUGGACAUUGAGUUGCAAUUUGACAUUCCUUGCAAAUAUUAUUCUAGUUUUCUGUUAAUACUUCAAAAUUCAAUUUAAUCCCCAAUCAGUAAAACUUUAUUGAAAUUGAAUAAACGGAAUAAAUGAAUACAAAUUGUU